ACAGACAGACAACCCGACAGACAGACACACAGACAGGGAGGCAGGCAGACAGACGAGAGACACCCCCGCAUAGUUUCCGUCAGCCGGAUGACGUCUCCUCCUCUCAGCCCGUGUGCAGUGUGACGUUUCGGGCUGUAGUGGAACCUCGAGCUGCAUCUUGUUGACGGUCCGCCAGGCUGUUCCAGUACGGAGAGGACCACGGGCGAGAGAGGACCUACACCGCAGCCUUCAGGUCGUGGAUCAGAACAUACAGCGGAUCAAAACAUCAGUCUUCAACAUGCACGUGUCUAAUUACCAGAAGAUUUGUGUUAUUUGAAAAGAAUUGAGGGGAAAAAAAGGACUCAGAGGAAUACAAGAACUCAGUGAAAAACGACAUUAACCCAGUGCUCAGACAUGGCCAGCACCCAGACCAGUUUGAAAACCCCUUUCAAAGACUUGACCUCAUUCAAGGGCAACAUGAAACGACUUUACAGAGAGCGGCUAGAGGAUGCACCAAUCAAGAAGCGAAUGAUGGCAGAGAUCAACCUGAAGCGUCGCAGCUUAGAUUCCCUCCCUAAAACUCCCAAGGUGAAGAGGGAGCAUAUGGAGGAUCUGCACCACGACUCGGACAUGGAUGUGGAGGGCCGGGCCGAACUGCACGUGGUGGGCUCUGCUAAAGCCCUAGACCUGAGCCCUGGGCUCAAACACACACUGGCUCAGUUCACCCUCAGCAGCCAGAGCUCCCUGGGGGGCCCAGCUGCCUUCUCAGCCCGUACCGGCCACGAGCAUUCCCCGGCCGGCAUGCCCCCCCUUCCUUCCCCUCCUGUUCUGGGAGGGGGCCCUCUGCUGGUUCCCUGUGACAGCUCCACUGAACUCACCCACUCACUGCUGGAAGGAGAGUCCAUCUCCUGCUUUGUUGUAGGAGGAGAAAAGCGACUCUGCUUGCCCCAGGUGCUCAACUCUGUGCUCCGCGACUUCUCGCUGCAGCAGAUCAACACAGUGUGCGACGAGCUCUAUGUCUACUGCUCACGCUGCGAUGCUGAGCAGCUGCACAUCCUGAAGGUGCUGGGCAUUCUGCCAUUCAAUGCACCUUCCUGUGGCCUCAUUACACUGACAGAUGCACAGCGGUUGUGCAAUGCUCUUCUGCGUCCUGGAGCAGCAUUGCCCGCUGACCCCAGCGGUAAGCUGUCGACCCAGGGCCUGUUGAAGGAGAGUGAAGCCAGCUUCCAGGUGGAGCACCAGUGUCUGGGAAAGUGUCAGGGUCUCUUUGUGCCCCAGUUCUACACCCAGCCAGAGGCGCCCUGCAUCCAGUGCGUCGAGUGCCAGUUGCUCUUUUCACCGCAGAAGUUUGUUAUGCAUUCACACAAGUCACCUGAUAAGCGUACCUGUCACUGGGGCUUUGACUCGGCCAAGUGGCCCUGCUACCUGCAGCUUGCCAGGAAGUACCAAGGCUCGUCUGAGGAGCCAAGGCUUAAGCAGCUGCUGGACGAGGUGAAAGAGAAGUUCCACUACAAGCUCAAGCGGUCGCUAGAUAAAAAGGCAGUGGACGAGGAGGAGAGCCAGGUGAGGAAAUCCUCUGCAGGACUCUGCUCUCCAGGCAGCAAGUUACCCGACUCCGACCCUGCCAGAAAGGGGAAAACAUCUACUCCCACUCUGGUGUUCAACCGUCUUUUCUCGGACAUCAAGGAGGAGCCAGGACACCCCACCAUGGUCCAUCCCAGUUACUACCUGUACACAUACGAUAAGAUGGUGGCCCCCAACGUGUCUCUGAGGAGGGAGGCCGAGAUGAGUCCUGAGAUGUUCGGAGCUCUGCUCAAACACCACUACAACCGCAGAGUGCUGGGCCAUGACGAGCCUCCUAUGGAUCUCCACGCUUCCCCUCCCCUUGCUUCUGGCGCUGAGGAGGCCAAAUCCCAACGUGCCACCGCUGCCUCGGCCACCGAGCGGGAAUGCCAAACCCAGGCAGUUUCCAUGGAGACAAGCAGCCCGAGCUGCAAGAGAGCCACCCGCAACCCCGCCCACACCCCUCCUCCUCCUGCGUCGUCGUUGUUGUCACCGUUAACGGAAGUAGCUGCUAAGGACACAGGCUGUGCAUCGAGCAGCGCUGCAGCGAUGGUAGGGGGGCUGGAGGACGACAAGGACAGGAUCGUUGUGGAAAUCAUGCAGAUGUACAGCAAGCAGCAGGAGAAGCUCAACUCCACCUUGCACAAGCAGCUGCAGCUGGAAAUGGAGCUGGAAGCAAUGCGUGGAGGUGAGGCGGCGAGGCUGCGGGAGCUGAGCGCCGAGCAGAGAGAGCUGCGCAGCGAGCUGGAGGCGGUGCACAGCGAGCAAGCGCGGCAACUCAGUCAGGCCCGCCAGGAACAGCUGGAGCUGGAGACCCGUCUGGAGCAGCUCCGACAGCAGGCCUGUGCCUGUGAGCCAGGGUCACAACGCCAGCAAGAGGCGCACUACACAGCACAGUUGUCAGAGCUGCGUCAGAGGCUGGAGCAAGCGGAGGCAGAUCGGCAGGAGCUGCAGGAGGAGCUGCGCAGGGAACGAGAGGCACGGGAAAAACUGGAGCGCACCAUCUCCCAGCUCAAGCAGCAGAUGGCCCAGUCUGGCACGGUGGGAGGCAGCCCCUCUCCUCCACCGACCCCUUCCACCGGACCCCCUAACGUCCACUCCCCGCCCUCUUCCUCCUCUUCCUCCUUCUCAGAGGCCCCAGCGGCUGGCCAGAAGUAACUGCAAACCCCCUCCAGGCGCCCCCUUUCCUCCCUUAUUCCUCUCCAAAUCACCCGCCAACUCUACAGACACAAACAAAUCAGCCUGAGGCAGAAAGGAGCUUCUCAUUUCCAGGCUAUUUUCAACUUGUGCGCCCCCCCCCCCUCCUCCCUGUUUUACUUCAGCGUAGGACUGACUUUUGUUUGUAAUUUAACAUCACUUAAAAAAGUUUUAUGUUGUGUUUUUAUUCUUCUUUCAUUUGCUCCCCUCUCCUAUCUUUAAACAGUAUUUAAAGUUUUUGGGAGCAUAUUUGUUUUGAUUUUAUUUAUAAUUUUUACUGAACAAACAGCUGCUUCACAGACAGGAGUUAGGUCACCUAGAGACCAACUCAACACAUUACUGUUGUUAUUUUCCUCCCUCCUCGAUAUCCGACCUCCCAUCCCCUGUUGCUGGCUCUGGACUCUGGAGCUAAUGACUUUGAGAUGUCAGACCUCAGACACAAGACUGGUCCCAGCUCCUAACAGAUGUCUCUUACUGCUACUACCUGGCACAGUGACUGGUGCCCAUGGACACAAAAAUGGCGACUGGUUACUGAGCCCCUUUUUCCAUCUUUCUGUAUGUACAGCCUAAACGCUCGAGAACCAGCGACUGCAGGAAACUGCACAAACAUUUCAGUACAGUUUUUUUUUUGUUGCUCCUUGUAAAACAAAAAAGAAAAGUAUAACAUGUCAAAAAAUCUAUAUGGAGGAGAAAGACCUUUACUGUACAAAAAAGACAGAUGUCGUAAACCUCAUGAAAAUAUGCCAAUAUUGAUGCUGAACUUGAAAUGAGUGUUUUUGAGUGUGACCCCUUCAAGGUAGCUGGCUAGCAAAUCGUCUGGCCUGGCCUCCAGCUGCUCCUCACACAGACUAGUUUCCCUCUUCUCUCUGCUGGCCAGCAACUGGACUCUCUUGUCGCAGACCAAACAGUCCGUCAGUUGAUCUACCAGCUGCCCAAUGUCUCCUGCAACCUGCCCCCCCCCUCUCUCCACCACACACACAAACACCUCCUUCCCUUACAGGAGGCCUCAUCCCCUCCACCGCUGUACGCUAGCACCAAUGCCCUCUGCUGGGAAACACCUCCAUGCUGUUGUUUUUCACCCACUUUGGGUCAGACAGGAAACGCUGUGCUGUUUUCAGGCUUGGCAUGAAGAAGCUCACUCGCGGUGUUAUGCACUCAAGGCACUCGCCUCCCCCAGAAUCCCCUGGGAAAGGAAUGUGUCUGCACAUGGGGGCUGGCUGAGCCGUUGUAGCUUUUCUAAGAAAGAAGAAAGGCAGUGUCUCACAUGUGCGGUUAGCUGUACUGUGUGAGUAUAAUACAUACGACAUUGAGUGUGUCGGUGAAGUCCAGGCAUUCAGGCAGAACAAUGGCCCCAGCGUUCCCAGCAGAUGAUCAAAGCUCUGGUCUGCCCCUGUUUUCUGGGCUUCUCUUUUCCUCGUAUGAUUUGACUUCAUUGUUAGCAGACGGUUUUUCUCCCCACCCUGUUCAACAGAGCGUCUUCGAAGAAUGUGGGUCGCAGGUGAAAGCAGUUAGUCCAGGGUGGUUUGGGCCUCGAAUCCGGCCCCUGCUUCACGUUAUUCUGCCUGGCUGAACAAACAUUACCGGGCAGGGAGAGGAAGUGAGGAUUGAGGGGUGCUCAGGGGGGACUGGUGCACUCUUACCCGCGGCAGGCUGGGUGGCCCAGACGCCGGAGGUACAGAGGGAGCCCUUUUUGUUCGGUGCCGUCAGAAUGGGGGCAGCUGUUGUUGUCUGGGGGCCUCCACUCGCCCGCGGGUGAGACUGUACAGGAGCCCCCAUCUUUCAACAAGCUCCCUCCCUCCCUUCCUCUCCCACAAAACGACCGUCACUUACUCACUCACACAUACCCGUCCAUACAUCCCCAGAGCCAGAUCAGCUGGGGGUGUGCAGUGUUUUGUAGAUGCUCAGGAGAGCAAGCAGGCGUCCAGCCAGAGGAAGAGAGGACUUUAUUGUGUCAGUUGCCAGGCAAAGCGCUUUUUAUUGCCACUGAGGAGAUCCCUGUAAGCGAGUGUGUGUGUGUGUGUAAAUAAUUGUUUAAAAAGAGAAGGGGGAUCGGCCUCAGCUCAACUCUGAGCUUUUUUAUGCAUCUGCUAUAAAUGCAAAUUGAUAGACAUUCCACUGUGCUCCAUCCUGUUCAAUGCAGAGUUUCUUACACAGCUUCCCUUUACAAUAACCAACCUUAGAGACCGUGUGGAGGACAGUUGUGGUUUGUUGAAAGUCAUACAAGCAGGUGCAGGUGUACAAGCCAGUAAAAUCAAACCCAUACCGCAAAUGUACACCCUACUGUGGUUCCAUUUAAACCUUUAUUAAAAUUAUGAAAGAAAAUAUUUAACAUAUUAACUAAAGAUUUAUAUUCACUUUGUAAAUACAGUAGUCAUUAAUAUAUUAACUGUUCUUAUAUGAAAAAUCUUCAAAAGGUUAUAUAAAUUGGACCAGAACUAAGGCUUCAGAUGUUUUUGCUUUCUUUUAUUAAGUGAUCUUUGCAGAUAUCAAACUUGACUUUAGUCAGGUGAAUAUGGGGGAGUGAAUCGCAUGGUUUACUGAGAUGUGAUGCAGGACAAAAUAGGAAAAAAAAAUACUUUGUUACACACUUCCCCCUUUCUGAAAUGCUUUUUUUUUGUGGAUUUCAUCUUGAUGGACUUUUUAAUGUGUAAUGUAACAAACCUUUUUCCUCUUUCUUAAACCUUUACCCAGAAGCUAAAUUGAGAAUUUGUUGGAGAAAAAGCAUUUUGGAGAAAAAGAAAAACAAAAAGUGAUUUUUGCAUGUUUUGCUGCCCCUAAUGUUUUGUGUCACCGGGCCACUCUAUCAAUCUGUUCAUUGAUUUAAAAAAAGAGGUUCCCCCCCACGUUGCGCACAAAUUAUUGAGAUGGCUCAUAUGCAUGAACAUUGAUCUGUGCAAGUUUUAUAUCAUUAUUGGUUGAGAGGUUGGCUGAAUAUUGAGUCAGAUAUAUGAAGAACAUAAAAUGUAGCCUCAUUUGAUUUGGAAAUGAUGUGCUGGUGUGUGUGAGUAAGAGAGAGAGUUUGUGUGUGUGUUGGCCUCCUACAUCUGACUGAAGCACAGCAGCUUUGAAAAGGGAAAGAGAAACUUGCUCAUGUAGCUCUGGAUGUGUUGUUAUACUUUCUGAUUCUGAUCAUAUAUCCUCGUCUGGAUGUGUCGACAUCACUCAAAAGAUAAUCAGUAUUAGAUUUAAUGUCUAAUUAUCACUCUGGCAGAACAGACAUCCUCAAAAAAUCAUGUGAAUUAAUCACAAACGCAGAUAAAUGAGGCUUCAACUGCUGUCAUUUUACUUCGUGUAUGUUGCAUUUGAUACACAAGGGGGCGUUGUUUAGCUUCUCUAACUGCUCACCCUUGUUGCAAAAAAAGACUUAAUGUGAAAGAAUAGGGAGGAAAAUCUCCUGUAACAAGGUUUGCUGGGCCUUUUUUGCAUUUUGCAGUGUUAUAAAAAUUGAAUAUGCUUUGUACAGAAUUUAUACUGGAGUGAAGUUUUCCCAACUGAUAAAAACAAAGUGAAAGAAGCAUCGAUUUAUCAUGUGAACCACAUUUGAAUACAAGAUUUACACACUCACCACAUCCUGGCUUUGUGAAGACGACCAGUAAAGCAGUUUUCAGUGUGAGAGACUGAUCAGACAGAUCACAGGUUACUUAGAGGUACAUCAUGUUUUAAUUUAAACACAUCAUGUUAUAGAUGAAAAGAUAUAUAUCCAUAGCUUGGCUUAAACGAUCCCCUUUCCCCCUUAAUGCUGUUUAUGAAACAUGAAACACAGUGUCUGUGAAUGACCAUUGCAUACUACGUUGCCAAUACUACAGUGUGAUGAGACUUUUGUUCUUGCAUGAAUCGAGACACUGUUCUCCUACCUCAUGUUGUGAUAUAAAAAGAUGUUUUUUAAGCAGAAGACACUGCAUCUCUGUUUAUCAUUGAUAUUUACGAGUAAAAUACAUACCUGUAAAUGCUUUUAGCUAAUACCUCAGUUGUAUCUAGUGUUUGUUAUUUUCUGUUUAUGCCCUUCCCUCAAUUUCAGAUCUUGUAAAUAUACCCUGUAUAGACAAUGAACUUGGAUCAAAUUCAAGUAAAGUUCUGUAGUGUCAAA